UUGUUUCUAUUGGAUGGCCAAUGAGUGGAAGUGACGUAGAAUUACGCCAUUUCCGCCUCAGUCAGUCUCUUUUCCAUCUGGCUUGUCUGUCGGCUGGCCCGCAAAGAUGCAGAUCUUUGUGAAAACUCUGACUGGCAAAACCAUCACCCUUGAGGUUGAGCCCAGUGACACCAUCGAGAAUGUGAAGGCUAAGAUUCAGGAUAAGGAAGGAAUUCCUCCUGAUCAGCAGCGUCUGAUUUUUGCUGGCAAACAGCUGGAAGAUGGACGCACACUGUCAGACUACAACAUCCAGAAAGAGUCCACCCUCCACCUUGUCCUGCGUCUUCGUGGGGGUAUCAUCGAGCCCUCUCUGAGACAGCUGGCUCAGAAGUACAACUGCGACAAAAUGAUCUGCCGCAAGUGCUAUGCCCGCCUCCACCCCCGUGCUGUUAACUGCCGGAAGAAGAAAUGUGGCCACACCAACAACCUGCGCCCCAAGAAGAAGCUGAAGUAAACUGUACAUCUUGUUCAGCAGCUCUCUGCCUUUUGUAGAGGUGUUCAAUAAAUGCUAAGUGAACUAAA